AUGAUGUAUUGUAACAAACCAUCGGAGCAAGCCCGGGUGACAGACGGGAAAGAGACAUCUCGUUGGUUGAGCUGCGGGAGCGAGAAAGACCAAAAAGUGAGGCAGCGAACCGGAUCAGCCCGAGAGUCUCCCGAGGCCAGCGAAUACUUUGCUUACGAAAAGCGCCUACAGCGGGAAACCCUUGAGCCCUCCAGCCAAGACCCUCAGAUGCGGAUGGUUCGUCUGGAUGGCUGCCACGUCGCUGUGGUCCAUCAGGUGCAGCUCGAAUGCCCAACCGAUGAAAAUGCAAAUGAAAAUGCGAAACAAUGA